CCGGUGGCUGCUGGAGGUUGGGGGGAGGAGGAAGGGGGGACGUGUAAAGGCGUCGGCCACGGCUGCUUGCUCGAGGCCCUGUUUCCGCCCCGGUUUCCCGGCUUCUGAAGGACCAGGAGGUAUGUCAGAACAUAUCAAGGAUUCCACAACUAUUGAUGGACCUCAUCAGGCUCCAGAAGAAAUCCAGUCUGAUUCUGAGGACUGUUCAAUGGCUCAAGAAUCUCCAAAAAAUUCAGCUGCAGAGAUUCCAGUGACUAGUAAUGGAGAACUUGAAGAUGCCCAUGAGCACAGUUUUAAUAGGGACCUGAAGCGCUCUAUAUCUGCUGGACUUGGUCUCUCUGAAACUCAGAUUACAUCUCAUGGCUUUGACAGUACCAAAGAAGGGGUCAUUGAAGCUGGACCUUUUCAAGGUUCCUCAGCAGCACCCAUGUCACCUGUUAUAUCUCCUAGCAGUGCAGCAGCUAGCAGACUGGCUGGACAAGGGAGUGAUUUAAUUGUUCCCAAAGGCAAUCUACAAAUGCAGCAAAAAAGUGGCCCAGUUGUUCUAGCAGAUGAGAUAAAGAAUCCAGCCAUGGAAAAACUGGAGCUCGUGAGAAGGUGGAGCCUAAACACUUACAAGUGCACUCGUCAGAUAAUCUCUGAGAAACUGGGCCGAGGUUCACGAACAGUAGAUCUGGAGUUGGAAGCUCAAAUAGAAAUCCUGAGGGAUAACAAAAAGAAAUAUGAAAAUGUCCUGAAACUGGCACAGACGUUGUCCACACAACUUUUCCAGAUGGUGCACACCCAAAGACAACUUGGCGAUGCUUUUGCAGAUCUGAGUUUGAAAUCAUUAGAACUCCAUGAAGAGUUUGGCUAUAACGCUGAUACUCAGAAACUUCUUGCUAAAAAUGGUGAAACGCUUCUUGGAGCAAUUAACUUUUUCAUUGCCAGUGUGAACACUUUGGUGAAUAAAACUAUUGAGGAUACAUUGAUGACUGUAAAACAGUAUGAAAGUGCCAGGAUCGAAUAUGAUGCUUAUCGCACAGAUCUAGAAGAAUUGAAUCUUGGCCCACGUGAUGCAAAUACUUUGCCAAAGAUCGAGCAAUCCCAACAGCUAUUUCAGAUCCAUAAAGAAAAAUAUGAUAAAAUGCGUAAUGAUGUAUCUGUUAAAUUGAAGUUUUUGGAGGAGAACAAGGUCAAAGUUCUGCACAAUCAGCUCAUUCUAUUCCACAAUGCUGUUGCAGCAUACUUUGCAGGGAAUCAGAAGCAACUUGAACAGACACUUAAACUAUUCCAUAUCAAAUUGAAAACACCUGGAGUAGAUGCACCAUCUUGGCUUGAAGAGCAGCAAUAAUCCUCAGCAUGAAGAUCUGUUGUCAUAUCAGAAUAUUGAGGAUCAAGGAACUUGGAUAAAGAGGACUUUUUUCAGUAAUACACGUGCAAGCGGCUUUAAUUUCUUUCCCCUUGGUAAAGAAUACCAUAGUAAUUUGGAGGGGGGUGGGGUUAAUGUAACCAAAUGCAAUUUGUCAUUUAAAAAACAAAUAUUUUUAUGUGAGGGUGAUGGUUAUUUCGGUAGUAGGGAAAUAGAGAUUUGCACUGACAAAUGUUUGUGGUCUGGUAAUUACGGUGGCUAGAUGAGAAAUAUCUAAAGGCAGAAGAUCCUGUUUUGUAUGAACACCUGAUAUUUUAUAUAAAUGUAUUAAACUUCUCUAAAUAUUCUUUUUCCAUGUAAUUGUGUUUUGAAAAAUAAAUAUUUUGCAGAAUAAUAAUAUAAGGCCUUCAUGCCGCAUCCACAAAAUAUCAGCUUCUUGGCUGGUAUGUGGGAUUGCAGCAAAUACCUUUUUAAAAGUUAGAUCUCUCCACUGUAUGUUCAGAAAUAUUAAAUGUAGACUUCUUUUUUACCUUCUUGGUCUAAAAUGUUGAAUAUACAGUUUAGCAGUGCAAUGAUGACCAGCCAGGGAAGUAGACUUUUCCAUAUUAACUCAAUUUUAAACUUUCUAUUUAAACAUACCAUAGUUGCCUUAAAUUCAGAAGUGCCUUUUCCAGCUUUCCUUCGACAACAGUGUGAAUAAUCUGUAGGAAGCCCCCUUUGGUUUUCUUUGAAAAAUCUGUAAAGUACAGUCUAAGACCAAACUGAGAUAUAUUUGUUUGUUUAAACUUCAGACCAUGUCACAGUGUGUAAUGUGACUUAUUUUGUUGCUAUUGGGGGGGGGGGGUCAGUGGUAUAACCUUUAUUAAAUGUACAAUUCUGUUUACUUUUCUAGGCUUUUAAAAUUAUUCUUUUGCAGAAUCCUCAUUUGCACAUGGUCUAUUGCUGUUUGUGUUUAUAUGAACUACUUAAAAUAACUUAUCACAGCUUAUAUGGUUUGUAUAAUUAUGUAUUAUAUGUUGAAAUAGAUUUUGUUGCUUCAUAAAUGAUUGGGUUUCUGUCUUAAUGUAAAAUGUGCAUCAGUUGCAUUUAAAAUCAUUCCUUAUUAUUUUACUGUCUCAGAUGCUCACAAAAUUUUGCCGUUUAUAUGUUUCCUCUCACAAAAACAUUGUUAAUGUUCCUUAGGAUGUGUCUUCUUUAUUAACUUUGUAUUCAUACUAAAGGUGUUUGCUGCA